AUGGAGAGCGAGUUGGUGAAACGCAGAAUUCAUACAAUCACAGCUCACUUUACUUCCACAGACGAUAAUGAGAUUUCACCAAGCCACCUUCUUCCUAUGAAUUGCAGUGGUAGUGUGAAUUCCAUGUUUAGGAGACAUGGCAAUAACAUAUAUUUUGCAAGCCAAGCAUCUUCUGCCUAUGGCUAUUGUAUGAGGCACACAUCACUUAAGAAGGGUGGCUCAACAUCUUUUGUCGCUCCAAAAACCAAUGGUGCUAAAUGUGAAGCUCCUUCUAAUUAUGGAAAACCACCAUGUUUUGCAAGACCUACAGGGAAUGAAUCAAUAGUUUCGAAUUCAGUUGCGCAAUCAAUGACUAAAGCGCAAGGCCAUGAUUUCGAU